AUGGAAGUUAAUAAGGAUGUCAAGGCAAACGGACUAGAUAAAAGGCCAAGUUUUGGAACCCUAAUCCAAGUCUCUGGUUCUACACUUGCAACCAUGGUUUCUGGAAAGCCAAAGCCGCCUGAAGACUCUACAACACAGGAUAUUGCACAUGAAUGUCAGCAUCUCAUGGCCGAUCGAAUUAGUUCUCUACCAGAUGAGAUUCUUGUGCAUAUAUUGGGUUUCUUGCUGAUGAAAGAUGCUGUAGCUACUAGUGUUCUUUCGCGUGGGUGGAGGAAUUUGUGGAAAUCGCUUACCACCUUCAAGUUUGAUCCAGUCAAUAAGCUUGGAGUUUACAAUCGUGACAUUAUAACAUUAAAAUCCAGGGUUAAACAAUCCAGGAUGCAAUCGUAUGCAAACUGGGUCAAUGAGGUGCUCCAACAGCUUCAACAUUUACGAAACGUAGAGGAGUUUUGGAUUUGUUCAGAUUUUUGUGAGAACGGUGCUCCUUAUUUUGAUCAUUGGAUAGCUUUCGCCGUAGAAAAAAAGGUUCGGAUACUUAACAUAAAUUUGGCUGAUGAUGAUGGGUAUUGUAGUGAGUGGAAACGUUGCAGUUUCCCUACUCUUUCUCUCUCAAAAGAAAAAGCCUCCUCCGUGAUCCAGCUAUCUUUACGAGGAGUCGAAAUCUGUUCUCCUGGUUUUAACAUUUUUACAUCUCUCACCUCCCUUACUUUAACCUGCCUGAUUCUAACCGGUGAUGUCUGUGAAACCGCUUUCUCAAAUUGCCCACUCCUUGAGCAUUUACAUAUCCGGGUAGCUUAUAACUUGGUUAAUCUCAAACUUGUCGGCUCAGGUUUAAGCAGGUUAAAGUUCUUGGAGUUAUAUUAUUGCAACCACUUGAAGAAUGUUGAGAUUUAUGCACCAAAUCUCGUUUCAUUCAAAUAUGCGGGGUUGAAGACUCAUUUUGCCUUUAAAUAUGUUCCUAAACUUGUAGAAGCCCGUUUCGGUGCCUGCUCAUAUUACUGCAAUUAUGAACUGAUAAAAGGUGGCUACAAUCUGAUCUCCUACGCUUUUAGCCAACUUGACAGCAUUUGUACCCACUUUGAGAGUUUGGUCUUAGAGACAAAUACAAUGGAGGUUGAAGGAAUGAGUCCUCAGCUAUGUCCAACAUUUAUAUCGCUUAAGGUCUUGAUCUUGUUUGUUGAUGCAACGUGUGUGAAUUGUAUAGGAUUGCCAUCGUUCCUGGAAGCAUGUCCUGUCCUGAGUAAAUUUGAAGUGCAUAUCAACGUUCACGACACCAGCAUAGAGCUUAAAUCAAGGGAUCAAUUAUCGAAGGCUUCUCUAUCACCUCACCGAUUCCUUAAAGAGAUUGAGCUCAGUGGAUUUCUUCACUUUCUCGACCAAUCAUAUGAAAUGGAGCUGGUUCAAUAUCUUGUUAAGACUGCCGUUUCACUGCAAAAGCUUACAAUUAUUACUCGUGCAAAGUGUCUGCAAAUGGAUUCGGAUAAAAUUGUUUGGUCCAAACGCAAAGAAGAAAUGCAAAACGCAAGAGAACGUGCAAAGCAGCUUUGCACGGAAUUGCUUCCAAUGGCUGAAGUAAUUGUCCUCUAA